AUGCUGCUUGAUUUAGCAAACCAGAGCUCUGUCACCUCAUUCGUCCUGGUGGGGUUCUCAGAUUACCCCCAGCUACAGGCACCCCUCUUCCUGGUGUUCCUCGCCAUCUACACCGUCACUCUGCUGGGGAACUCGGGCAUACUUGUUGUCAUUAGGAUCAAUCCCAAACUUCACACACCCAUGUACUUUUUUCUCAGCCAUCUUUCCUUUUUAGAUAUUUGCUAUUCCACUGUAUUUACACCCAAACUCCUAGAGAUCUUAAUUGUGGAAGAAAGAACGAUCUCCUUCAGAGGAUGCAUGACACAGUUUUUCUUCAUUUGCAUGUUUGUGAUCACAGAGAUGUUCAUGUUGGCAGUGAUGGCCUAUGACUGGUUCGUGGUUGUCUGUAACCCUCUGCUCUGCACAGUGGCGAUGUCUCCUAAGCUCUGUGCUCUCCUGGUGGCAGGAACUUACACGUGGGGUGCACUGUGCCCCGUGAUACUGACAUAUUCCCUUUUGCAACUAACUUACUGCCCCUCUAAAGUCAUCAAUCACUUUGGCUGUGAGUACUCUGCCCUCAUUUCCGUGUCCUGCUCGGACCCCUCCUUCAGCCAGAUGGCUUGUUUAAUAAUUUCUAUACUGAGUGAGGCCUGCAGCCUCCUGAUCACCCUCGCCUCCUACGUGGUCAUCGUGGUGACUAUCGUCAGGGUGCCCUCCAAGGGUGGACUCAAAAAGGCCUUCUCCACCUGCACCUCCCACCUGAUGGCCAUCAGCACCUUCCACGGCAUCAUCCUCCUGCUGUACUGUGUGCCCAGCUCCGAGAGCUCCUGGCUGCUGGUCAAAGUAUUCACCGCCCUGUAUACAGUCCUGAUCCCCAUGCUGAACCCCCUCAUCUACAGCCUCAGGAACAAGGAUGUAAAAGAGACUGUCAGGAAGAUAAUCAUAUCCAAGUUGCAUCCUCACUCAAUUCAAUUCAAGUAA